AUGGUUAUGGGCAGAGUGCGCGCCACGUCUUACGUAAGACGCACAAUUUCACAACCGCUGAACAAAAAUGUAGCCCCGAUAAAAAAUUCCCAAAGCACAACGGGCCUGAACGACACAAAUUUAAUACGGAACAAAAAUUUGCACUUGCAAUUGCUAUGUAACAACAAAACCCCCAAUGGAGAACUUGAUGAUGAUCUGGAACAAAAUUUUGGCUACAGAGAAAUAGGGGCAUAUUAUUCUCUCCGAAAAAGCGACAUCACAGGGCUUUACAAUAUGGUAAAAAAUAAGUUAAACAUAUUUUUAAUUUUUGUACCCAUAGGAAUUAUAAGUCACCUUAUAGGGUGUAAAGAUAUAUACAUUUUUUUUUUUAACUUCAUGGCAUUGAUACCUCUAUCAGCGCUCAUGGGGCAUGUAACAGAAGACUUGGCAUUACACACAGGAGAAAUAAUUGGUGGCUUGUUAAAUGCUACUUUUGGUAAUUUGAUGGAAAUGAUAUUUUCCAUUCAAGCCUUAAACGCUGGAUUGAUAAAUGUCGUUCAGGGAACACUGCUAGGAAGUAUAUUGUCCAAUCUGUUGCUAGUACUUGGUAUGUCUUUCUUCGCAGGUGGCUUAUAUCAUCAUGUACAAAAAUUUAAUGAAAAAGGAGCAACGUGCAGUACCUCCUUGUUACUCUUGUCCAGUCUAGCCAUAACCAUUCCGACAGUUUCAUCAGUUACAACAAACAAUAAUGUUGAAGUUCUUUUAAAAGUAUCCAGAAUAACUGCAGUUUUGAUUUUUUUAACUUAUUGCUUAUUUCUGUUGUUUCAAUUGUACACACAUAUAUCACUAUUUCAAGACAAAGAAAUGACUGAAGAGGAGCCACAGCUAUCCGUCCUCGCAGGAUCCAUUUUUUUAAUCAUAAUAACUAUCCUUGUAAGUAUCCACUCCGAAUAUCUCAUUACGACCAUCGAAGCAGUUGUCAAGUAUUACAACAUAUCUGAAAAUUUUAUUGGAGUUAUUCUUUUGCCCGUUGUUGGUAACGCCACGGAACAUUUAACAGCUGUUACAGUCGCUAUAAAAAACAAAGUCGACUUAACCAUGGGAGUAGCUGUUGGAUCCUCGGCACAGAUUGCUCUUUUCGUUGUUCCAGUUACUGUACUUUUUGGUUGGAUUUUAAAUCAGCCCAUGACCCUUGCCUUUUCGCCCCUCUCCAGUGUCAUUUUAGUAAUUUCUGUCAUUGUCACCAUGGCAAUUGUGCAAGACGGAGAGAGCAACUGGCUCGAGGGCGUUCUCCUCAUCACGGCGUACCUCAUCGUCGGCGUUGUUUUCUGGUUCGACACGUCGUAA